AUGCGGAAGUGUAAAGUGUUUGUCGGUCUGUCCCAUCCAGAAUUGGGUAAGCUUGUGUGUGACCGUUUGGGCGUCGAACCUGCUCCAUGUACGCUUAAGAAGUUUUCCAAUGGCGAGACUUCGGUGCAGAUUGGUGUUUCUGUGAGAGACGAGGAUGUGUAUAUCAUCCAGAGUGGGUCUCCACAAAUCAACGACCAUAUUAUGGAGCUUUUGAUUUUGAUUUCGGCGUGCCGUGGCGGUUCGGCGCUGAAGAUCACGGCGGUGAUUCCUCAAUUCCCGUACUCGAAGCAGCUGAAGAUGAAGAAGCACCGUGGUGCUAUCACUGCUAGGAUGUUGGCUAACCUUAUUAUUAUGGCUGGUGCUGACCAUGUGGUGUCAAUGGACUUGCACGCCUCGCAAAUGCAAGGUUUCUUUACCAAGCCCGUGGAUAACUUGUACGGAGCGCCUACUUUGGCUCGCUGGAUCCGUCACAAUAUCCCUGACUGGGAGAAUGCUGUGGUGGUUUCGAAGAACCCAGGUGGAACGAAAAGAGUCACUGCGUUGGCUGAUUCUUUGAAAAUUAACUUCGCCAUGAUCCAUACGGAUAGACGCAGAACCCAGGAUAACUUCACCAAGACGAAAAGACACUUGGCUCACUCUCAGGAUGAUAAUAUUGUUAGUGAAAUGCAGACUGCCAGAGUUGUCAAGGGCCAUGUUGUGGAUGACGACUAUGAGCAGGAGAACGGGCCUUCUUCUUCUAAUGAUAAGCCUGUUGCUCUUCUGAAUAGUGACGCUUUGGGCGGUACUUUCGAUGCUACUAACUCUGACGAUGAAGAUGAACCUACAGCCAUUGCUCAGGAGAAAUUGAUCACGCUAGUCGGUGACGUUAACAAUAAGGUGGCUAUUAUUUUGGACGAUAUGAUUGAUAAGCCCAACUCGUUCAUUGCCGCUGCUGAGCACUUGCGUUUGAACUGUGGCGCCAGAGCUGUCUACGUUGUGGGUACCCACGGUCUCUUCAGCGACAGAUGUCUUGAAGAGUUGAACGACUCCAAAUGUAUCGACAAGAUCGUGGUGACGAAUACUUACCGUGUGAGCGAAGAGAGACAAAAAGCCCACGAGAAGUUGGUGGUGAUUGACGUUUCGCCUAUCUUUGCUGAGUGCAUCAGAAGAGACCAUUUCGGUGAGUCCAUCUCUGUUUUGUUCGACUCGUUGGCUGCCAUUGAGUAG